AUGAAGAAACAGAUCGACGAGAUAUCCGAGAUCUUCUGGGUUUCAAGAUCCGAUGCGACCGUUCUCCUCAUGUAUCUCAAAUGGGACUCGCUUAGGGUUUCUGAGCGUUUGGCUGAAGACAAAGAGAAGUUACUGACGGAAUCAGGUUUGAAAUCGGUUGUUGUUAUUGAUUCGGAUGGAGAUACAUCUGAUUCAUCUUUUGUCAUUUUCUCUAAGACUAGUGAUGACUUUUAUGAGUUUGAAGAUGGUAGUGAUGAUGAUGAUAAUGGAGCUGAAGGAAAUGAUUCACCUUGUGGGAUUUGCUUGAAAACUUGUGAUGAUUUAGUCUCCACGCAGUUUUGUUCUCACAAGUUCUGCACAACUUGUUGGAGAGAGUAUCUUGACAAGAACUUCUACUCUCUGGAGAAAAGCCAAACUCUUGUCAUCUCUUGUCCUGAUCAAUAUUGCCGAGCUGCGUUUGGACAGGACACGGCCGAGAAGCUAACAGUAGGUGAUAAAGAUAUGUACGAGAGUUACAUUCUGAGAUCUUACCUUGAAGGAAUCAAGAAAGAGAUGAUCAAACAGUGUCCUUCCCCGGAUUGCAACUACAUCAUCAAGUUUCAUCAGACGAACGACGUUGAGGAGUAUGGCUUAAACGUGUGCCUUAGAGGAGACAGAUGA